CUAUAAGUACUACUUUACUUCCAUUUCUACAGGUUUCUCUCUCACACCAACAACAAACAGAUUCAAGCUCCUAAAAUCCAGUGAUCAAAAAACUGAGAGAAAAUCUGAAAGAAGAAGAAAAAAAAUCUCUAACGAAGAAACCCAUUUCUCUAUAACUCAAUCCAGUUGAGAGUGAAGCUCUAACAGUGGCGACGACGACGAUGAGCAAGAUCAGAACAAAGAUCCGCAUUGGUGGAUUAGGAAUUGCAGCAAUUUCUUACAUUGCUAUAGAUUACUUGAGACAUGUAUCACCAAUUUGGCAUGAAAGAUUACAACCAUGUCUUUGGGGUGUUCUAGCUUUAGCAGUAGUAUCUCGUGUACCCUUCUAUAAGCAUUGGUCUUCUGAAUUACGUUCUGCAAUUCCAUUUAUAGCUUCAUUGGUUUUUCUGCUUUCUACUCUUCUCUUUGAAGUGUUAACUGUUAGAUUCGUCACUGCUGUUCUUGGUCUUGAUUGGCACAGAGAAACGGCUCCUCUUCCUGACCCUGGCCAGUGGUUACUUCUAGCAUUGAAUGAGAAACUACCUUCAUCUAUCGUUGGGAUAUUGAGAGCUCGUAUCAUCGGGUUGCACCAUUAUCUGAUGCUAUUUAUGAUGCUGGCAUUUUCGGUGGUAUUCGACUCUGUCAAAGCUCCUGGACUUGGGUUAGGUGCAAGGUACAUGUUUACAAUGGCAGUUGGUAGGUUACUUCGAGCCGUAACAUUUGCUUCAACGAUUCUGCCAUCAGUUCGGCCAUGGUGUGCUUCAUCUAGGUUUCCAGUCCCAGCACAUCCUCAUUCUUGGGCACAGACUUAUUAUGUUCCAUAUUCUUCAGAUGCUACUGCUAUACGGCAGCUGAUUCAACAUGACGUAGCUUACGCUGAUCCAGUAGGGAAUUACCCUGGGGAUCACCGCCCAGAUUGGGGGUCAAUGAGUUUCCUUAUAGAUUUCUUACGCCCAACUGCUUCAGAAGGAUCGGCGUGGUACCAUUUGUUAACAGCAGCUGGUGGAGGGUGUAAUGAUCUUAUAUACAGUGGGCACAUGUUUGUUGCAGUAUUGACGGCAAUGGCUUGGACGGAAGCUUAUGGAGGGUGGACCUCUGGGUUUAUAUGGGCUCUAGUCAUACAUAGUGCGCAGAGAGAGGUAAGGGAACGGCAUCAUUACAGCGUGGACUGUGUGGUGGCGAUUUAUGUGGGUUACCUUUUAUGGAAGACAACGGGUUUCAUUUGGUCUUUAAAAGAUGAUGCAUCAAUAAGAAACUUGAAAAGGCUACUUAAGCUUGAUAAGAUUCAAGGCCAACUCUUCCGAGCUGCGAAAGAUUCAGAUAUGGAUAAAGUAAGAAAUUUACUGAAUGAGAUAGAGGUUGAGUCGUCAUCGAGCAGUUCUGGUAAAAGUGGUGGUAAGAAUGAGGAACCUACUCAAUUGGCAAUGUGGUUGUUCGCCUGUUUUACCACAAUUUUCUCUCUUACUGUUGUUUUUCUUGCUUUUAUUUGGACUAGUGAUGGUUAAACAAUGUAUGUCACUCUAGCUACUCCACAUGGUCUCUGAGAAUCUCUGGUGAAGCGAUGUAUGUGUCGUUGUCGGCGUUGUUAAGUAGAGUGAUUUAUCUAGUCCUCUACCUGUUAUCCUGUUGUAAUGUAUUUUGAAGUUCAUGUAUCAUCACCAGCUCUAUGUAUUGCGGCUGAACUAUUGCAUAAAUAUGAUGGAAAUUUAAUCAUAUAUGGCUAUAUAGACACCAGUUCCAGUGU